AUGGAAGUAAACAACGAUGAAUUAUUUAGUGCCAUAAAGUCUCUUGACUCUGUCAUAAAUUCUGAAGUCUUUUGUUCCCCUGCCAACAUCAUGUGGUUGAUUAAGAACGAAGCUUCCAUAAGACACAAUAUUAAAUUUGUGAAAACAGCAGAUUUAUCGCCGUUAAUCACCAAUAAAGAAUCUUCGAUGUCUGCUAGUUAUCAGUAUCAAGUUGAAGACAACUGA